AACGAACUGAUACAUCUAUUUCUAAGGUGCGUUCACCUGGUCACCCGAGCAAUAUCUAACGCUAAGUAACAGAGGGAUGGCAGUAGACACAAUGGUACAGAUUGAUGAGCUCCUCUUCACAGCUCUGGUCUUUCUAGUGACAAAUUUUUUUGUUAAACGCAUAACCUCCAUGUCUAGGUCUAGUCGCCGGCUGCCGCCAGGACCCAGAGGGUGGCCAGUGGUCGGUUGCUUGCCGCUCCUAGGGGCCAUGCCGCAUGUGGCACUUGCCCAGUUGGCUCAAAAGUAUGGAGCCAUCAUGUACCUAAAGCUAGGCACAUGUGACGUGGUGGUUGCAUCGAAGCCAGAUUCGGCUCGAGCUUUUUUGAAAACUUUGGACUUAAAUUUCUCCAACCGUCCACCGAAUGCAGGUGCCACCCACAUCGCGUAUGAAGCACAAGAUUUUGUGUUUGCAGACAUUGGGCCACGGUGGAACUUGCUAAGGAAGCUGACCAGUUUGCAUAUGCUGGGUGCCAAGUCUUUCAAAGAUUGGGGUGCCAUCAGGGGAGCCGAGAUUGGACACAUGAUCCAAGCCAUGUGUGAGUUGAGCAGGCGGGGCGAGCCCGUGGUGGUGCCAGAGAUGGUGUCAUGCGCUCUUGCAAAUAUAAUUGGGCAGAAAAGUCUGAGUCGUCGAGUGUUUGAGACACAGGGGUCGGAGUCUAAUGACUUCAAGGAAAUGGUGGUUGAGCUUAUGAGAUUGGCAGGGUUGUUUAAUGUUGGCGAUUUCAUACCAUCGAUUGCGUGGAUGGACCUGCAAGGAACUGAGGGGAAAAUGAAGCUUUUGCACAACAAGUUUGAUGCAUUACUCACAAGGAUGAUCGAGGAGCACUCGGCAACUGCCCAUGAGCGCCUGGGAAAUCCAGAUAUCCUCGAUGUUGUUAUGGCCGAACAAGAGUAUUCGGGCGGCGUGAAGCUGUCCAUGGUCAAUAUCAAAGCCCUUCUCUUGAAUUUAUUUAUUGCUGGCACUGAUACAUCAUCGGGCACCAUUGAAUGGGCGCUAGCAGAGAUUUUAAAGAACCCCACCAUGCUCAAGCGCGCACAUGCAGAGAUGGACCGAGUCAUUGGAAAGAAUCGUUUGCUUCAAGAGUCGGAUGUUCCAAAACUCCCCUACCUGGAAGCAAUUUGUAAGGAAACAUUUCGAAAGCACCCAUCAGUGCCACUCAAUAUUCCAAGGGUGUCAGCCAAUGCUUGUGAGGUCGAUGGUUACUACAUACCUGAAGACACUAGGCUCUUUGUCAAUGUAUGGGCAAUCGGGCGCGACCCAGAAGUGUGGGAAAAUCCACUGGAGUUCAAGCCAGAAAGGUUUUUGAGCGAAAAGAAUGCAAGAAUCAGCCCAUGGGGGAAUGACUUUGAGCUCCUACCAUUCGGGGCAGGGCGAAGGAUGUGCGCAGGCAUAAGAAUGGGAAUUGAGGUUGUAACGUAUGCCCUGGGAACGCUGGUACAUUCAUUUGACUGGAAGCUCCCAAAGGGGGAUGAGCUCAACAUGGAUGAGGCCUUCGGGCUGGUGCUGCAAAAGGCUGUGCCGCUCUCAGCCAUGGUCACCCCUCGGCUACAUCCAAGCGCGUAUAAGGCUCAGGUAUGAGGGCCAAGGAGGACAACGUUAAGCCCACAUUUGGAAUUUGAAUAGGUUCACUCUUCAAACUGCAUUGUCCUGUAAAUUUAUUUUGGCUUCAAUGCAUCAUGAGAACAAAUUUGGAAUUUGACAUUAAUAAUGAGGCUAGUUUUCUUACAUCAAAAGCAAAAAAUUCCAAACAACUAAUAAAAAUAUUUACCUGGUCUAAGGUAUACAAAUCAAUAACUGCAAUCUAAAUUAUCAACCCAACUUCUGCUACAAUUUUUCCUUUUUAGUUUUAAUAAAGAUUAAACAUGA